AUGAGCACGCUCGCGGACAUCAAGGUGUUUUGUGGUAGGUGCACGUAUCUGACCGCAGGCUCGAGCCACCCGGAGCUCGCACAGCUGAUAUGCAGGCGGCUGGGCGUGCCGCUCGGCCAGUCGAGCGUAUCGAAGAACGAUGCGGGCGAGCUGCAGGUGCGCAUGCACGAGUCGGUGCGUGAGCACGACGUGUACAUUAUCAACACGUCGUGCGUGUCGUACGACCAGAAGGGCCACCCCGUGAGCCCCAACACCUCGCUCAUGGAGCUGCUGAUCAUGAUCAAUGCGUGCAAGACGGCGAGCGCGCGGCGUGUCACGGCGGUGAUCCCCCACUUUUUCUAUGCGCGCCAAGACAAGAAGGACAAGAGCCGUGCGCCGAUCUCGGCGCGCCUGAUCGCCAACAUGCUCGAGACGGCCGGCUGUGACCAUGUGAUUACCAUGGACCUGCACGCAUCGCAGAUCCAGGGCUUCUUCAAUGUGCCCGUGGACAACCUGUACUCGGAGCCAGCCGCGCUGCAGUAUGUGCGCGAGAUGCUCGACAUCGACCGCAUCGUCAUUCUGGGCGUCGACUUUGCGCUCUUCCACAAGGAGCGGAAAAAGGCCAACGAGGUCUCGCGUAUGGUCCUCGUAGGCGAUGCGCGCGGCAAGAUUGCCGUGCUCGUCGACGACAUGGCCGACACGUGCGGCACGCUCGACCUCGCGGCGCAGCGCCUCAAGGAGUGUGGUGCUGACCGCGUGCUGGCGAUCGUCACGCACGGUAUCCUCUCAGCGCCCGCGCUCGAGCGUAUCUCGAAGAGCAGCCUCGAGACACUCGUGGUAACGAACACGCUCCCUCAGACGGCCAACAAGACAAAGUGCCGCAAGAUUGAGGAAAUCGACAUUAGCCAUCUGCUUGCAGAGACGAUCCGGCGCUCACACUACGGUGAGAGUGUCUCGGUGCUCUUCUCGCAGAUCCCCUACGACACGAUCCAGCCGUACCGCCAUGGCGCCGACACGCCGUCUGCGAGCCCGCCGCGGUCUACGACGUCGUCGCCUGUGGCGGCAGGCCUCGCAGCGGCGACGGCGCCCGUCAUGUCCGCGGACAAGGAGGCGACGCAGCAUGCCGUGAUAGCGCCGAGCCCGCUACGCCGCGAGACGCUUCGCCACGAAUAG